AUAUAAUACAACAUUAUCCUUACAAAGAAAAAUUUCAAUCAAAUCUUCAUCAGUUUGUCAUAAUCAUCAUCAUUAUAUUUUGAAACAAAUUUUUACUUUGUUGUUUUUUUUUGAAAAAAAAUUUUCUACUUGCUAAGUGGAAUCGAAAAGAAAACAUGGAAAUCGAUAUUGGUGGAUUCGAUUAUUCAAAUCAUGCUCAUCUUCGUGAUGCAAAUAAUCUUUUGGAUAAUAUUAUUGAUGAUAAUGGCUAUAACUAUGAUACUGUAAUGGACAUUGGUUGUGGUAGUGGACGUGUAACAAGUUUAAUUGAUUGUCGUCUUCGAUGUGAACAAAUUUUAGCUAUCGAUAUCGAUAUGAAAGCUAUAAAAUUUGCCGAGAAAAAUUAUCCAUCACCACGUAUUCGUUAUCAAAUAUCGGAUAUAUCAUUACCAUGGGAUAAAUUAGAUCCAUUAAUACGUAAAUAUGAAAAUCAAGUUGAUUUAAUUAUUUCGAAUCGUGUAUUACAUUGGAUUGAAGAUAAAAAUUAUGUUAUACAAAAUAUUUUCCGAUUAUUAAAACCAGGUGGAAUGUGUUAUGCUAAUAUAACAACAUUAUUAGAUUUAUUUUCCGAUCUAACACAAGAUGAACGUGAAAAAUUUUCCGAAUUAAUUAUCAUUCCAAGUGAAACAGAUCAAAAAGAACAAUUUAAAAAUUUAUUUGAAAAAAAUCAAUUUAAACUACAUUGGAUUGAAUCGCUUCAUCUUCAACAACUUUAUCCAAAAGAUGAAUUUCGUUCAAAUGUUUUACCAUAUUUUCCUAAUCUAACUAAAAAAUAUUUGAUUGAAAAAGAUCCAAUCAAACGAAAUAUGAUAAUGGCUUCCGGAUUAAGUGAUUAUGUUAAAAAUGCAUUUCUUCGACUUUAUUCGCGCGAAAUUAUCGAAGCAAAUGGUAUACCCGAUAAAUAUGAACUGACUUAUGGACAGAUUAAAAUCAUUGCACAGAAAUGAUGAUUCUUUCGAUAUCAUAUUGUUUGUUAUUGAUGAACUUUUUUCUAUUUAAAAAACAAUCAUUUUUAAUCAUUAUCUGAA